AUGGCCACCUGCUGGCAGGGCCUGUGGGCCUAUCGCUUCUACCUGAUUGUAUUCUUCCUACCCAUUUUCCUGCUGCCUCUGCCCAUCCUCAUCCCGACUAAGGAAGCCUACUGUGCCUACACCAUCAUCCUCAUGGCGUUCCUCUGGUGCACCGAGGCUCUGCCCCUGGCUAUCACCGCCUUCCUCCCCACCGUCAUGUUCCCCAUGAUGGGCAUUAUGGGUGCCUCCGUGAUGAUCCAAAGACCAUUUCCAUUUGGGUCCAAGAGCCCAGGGGACCAACCUCCACGUGCGGGAAUAUCAGUGUCGGCACCCUGUACGCCCAGAGGCACGGGGGGGAACCCUUCCUCCUUCUCCACUGUCCCCGCCUGCCAGGUCAGCACUGAGUACCUUAAGGACAGCAACAUGCUAUUCAUCGGGGGGAUGCUAGUGGCCCUGGCCGUGGAACACUGGAACCUGCACAAGCGCAUCGCCCUCCGCGUGCUUCUCACCAUCGGGGUGCGGCCCUCCCUGCUGAUCCUGGGUUUCAUGGUGGUCACGGCCUUCCUGUCCAUGUGGAUCAGCAACACAGCCACCACUGCCAUGAUGGUGCCCAUCGCCCGUGCCGUCCUGGAUCAGCUGCACGGGACGCCCACGGGCACGGAUGCUGAGGAGGGCAGGAACAACCCCGCCUUUGAGCUCCAGGAGCCGAGUCCCCAGAAGGAAGAGACCAAGCUUGACGAGAAAGACAACAAGCAGGAUGGCCCUGCGCCCCCUGUUCCUUCGGAGUCCAGGGCACAGCGGAACGAGGAGCAGCUCCGCUUCACCCAGGGCAUGAGCCUGUGUGUGUGCUACUCGGCCAGCAUCGGGGGCAUCGCCACCCUGACUGGCACCACAACAAACCUGGUACUGCAAGGCCAGGUCAACUCGAUUUUUCCCCAAAAUGGCAACGUGGUGAACUUCGCCUCCUGGUUUUUCUUUGCCUUCCCCACCAUGGUCAUCUUGCUGCUGCUUUCCUGGGUGUGGCUGCAGUUCCUCUUCUUAGGCUUCAACUUCCGGAAGAACUGUGGCUUGGGGGACCAGAUGAGGAAACAAGAGCGAGCAGCCUUCGAAGUCAUCCGGAGAGAGCACAAGCGGCUGGGCCCCAUGACCUUUGCAGAAAAGGCUGUCACCAUCCUCUUUGUCUUAUUGGUGGUGCUCUGGUUCACUCGGGAGCCAGGUUUCUUCACCGGCUGGGGUAACCUGGCUUUUUCCGAUGAGAAUGGGAAUAGCAUGCCAUCCGAUGGGACAGUAGCCAUCUUAAUCGGUGUAAUUUUGUUCAUCGUGCCCUCCAAGAUCCCAGGGCUGACUCAGGAACCAGGAAAACCAGAGAAGCUGAAGGCCCCUCCUGCCCUCCUCAACUGGAAAAUAGUUAAAGAGAAGAUGCCUUGGAAUAUCGUGCUCCUUCUGGGCGGUGGCUUUGCCCUGGCCAAGGGCAGUGAGGAAUCGGGCCUGUCGAAGUGGCUGGGGGACAAGCUGACCCCGCUGGAGAGUGUGCCGCCUCCCGCCAUUGCCUUAAUCCUCUGCCUCCUGAUCGCCACCUUCACUGAGUGCACCAGCAACGUGGCCACCACCACAAUCUUCCUGCCCAUCUUGGCUUCCAUGUCUCAGGCCAUCUGCAUCCACCCUCUCUACGUCAUGCUCCCCUGCACGCUUUCCAGCUCCCUGGCCUUCAUGUUGCCUGUGGCCACCCCGCCCAACGCCAUCGCCUUCUCAUUCGGGGGCCUCAAAGUGACAGACAUGGCCCGCGCAGGAUUCAUGCUCAACAUCAUCGGGGUCCUGGUCAUCACGCUGGCCAUCAACACCUGGAGCAUCCCCAUGUUCGACCUGCACAGAUUCCCCUCCUGGGCCCAGUCCAACACCACAGGCUUCUGUGGGGUCAGCCAGGCAAACGUCACAACACCCAGCCCCUAGACCACGGUAUAAUCUGGCCCAAGCCAGGAAGACCCACCUCGUUCCUAUUCCUCUGAGCUGGGAGGGGAAACCCAGGCCCCAAGGCAAACAUUGAGGGAAAGGCACAUGUAUACCUAACCUCAUGUGUGUCUUCGAGGGAGAUGUAUGUGAGCUCAGUCCUACGUGUCUGAGGAAAGUGUGUGUAUGUGUAUGUACGUGUGUGUGUGUGUGUGUGUGUGUGUGUGUGUGUGUAAAGAUGGUGUGUCAUGUGAGGAUGUUCUGCAAGGGGGCUUUGCGUGUGUGAUGAUCCUAGGUGGUGUGUGCUUGACAACGUACACUUGCGAGGUCACAGACACGACAGCGUGCUCUGUCUGGCACUCCAGGUCUUUGUCUCCCCAGCUUGGUGGGUGACCAGACCCUUUUGUCCUCUAUUUAUUGAAACUCAGGGUUGGAGCUGCCUGGGCAGCAAAGCCUACCAGCAGUUGCCAUGGCUACAGUCUCUGGGACCGGCCCAACAUACUGAGUUCCCCCCAGCCUCUCAGGUCUGGGGGGAGGUUCAAAUAUCAGCCCCAUUAAAGUCUUUCAGUAGAAUCUGUGGUGGUUUUUCGCGGCACUUUCCAGGGCUUCUCCCCAACGUGGUUCAGACCCCAGGUUGGGAAAUACGCUGGGAGGGGACCUGGCAUCUGUCCUGUAUGGCGGCCCCCUUGGCACCCCUCCCACCCAAGGGAGAAGGUAAUGGCCAGGGAGCUCUGCCAAGGCCUGUCGGAGUGGACGCAGCCACCCAGGAAAGCAGCCCUGACACCACCCGGCCUGGCUAAUUGGGAGCUUCCACUCCCUGCAUGUCUUUGAGAAAACCAGCCUCCCCAUUCCCAGAGCCCUCCCUGGGCAUUUACGUAAAACCCUCUGCCCCUGCCAACUCCUCACAGACCCCUCCACAGCUGGAAAAACCAGUCCCACCAGACCAGGGGAGGCAGGCUGACCCAUGCUAGAUGCCCAGAAAGAGGGACCCUCACCCCAAAUGGCAACCUGCGGCAAGAAGGAUACAGGGGAGACUCACAGGAACAGGUUCAAAACUAUGGCCUUCAGAGUCCAGGACCAGACUGCACUCUGGAUCAUUCUGCCUCCCAACCUCCCCUCCCCCUCUCCUCUGCCUCUCCUCCUUCAUGAAUUCCAGAGUUUUCAUUUAUCUGGCAAGGCAGGGUGGGGGUGGGGAAGGAUGUCACCACAUCCACCACCCAUCCUGGGAGCUCAACGUCCCUUCCUGGCUGGAAGUUCAUCUAGAUGGAGGUUUCCAGGAGGUCCCUUCUGCUGCAGUGGGAGAAUAAAAAGAGAUCUUUACCAUCACUCUCAUGCCCCGUAAAACAGGGAAAUGAGUUGUGAAGAAAGAAAACCAGAAAGGAUUUAAUUCUGGAUUUCCCCUCUGGGCUGGGCCUGUACCCAGUGCUCCCAGAGCUGGGGGUUUGAGGGUUGGGGGAGGGGGCUGCUGCAUGGGGGAGAACAUGGCUGUCCCCAGGGCACAGGAGAUCCUGACAGGACAUGCCAGACAUCCAGCAGAAUGAGAAGUGUCAGGAGCGGGGCCCUGCCCCCAUCCCAGACCCCCAGGCUGGCAUUCUUCACUCAUGAAGCACAGUCAUAAAUCACGGCUCCCACCCAGACCCACACUCGGACCCUCCCAAGGCCCCAGGCGACAGCCCCCUCCACUGGGGGUGGGCCAGGCCCAGAGUGGUGGGACUCCACCGUGGCUUACCCGCAGUGGGUUCCUAAGGAGUAGUCCCAGCCCCAUCUGCAAGGAGGACCCUCUGCUGCUACUUUCUUCGGGACCCUGGUUUGGUACCCACAGUCCAGCCCUGGCUGGGGAAGAGAUAGGUGUGCUUCCUAGGGGACACAUGGGCCUCCACUGUUCUCAGCUCCCCUUUGGACCUCUCCACUUCCCCGUCAGUCUGGCUCAGAGAGGGCCAGAUGUGGACUGAGACCACACAGCAGCCCCAGGGGAUGACUGGGCUGGCCCUGCUUUCCUUCUCAGGCGAGGAGGUGGAUGAAAACUGGUCUAAGGGUGGAGGGGUCUGCUAUGGUGGGUGCCCUGGCAGGGCUCAGGACAGGCUUCCCCCAGGUGCUUAGAAUCCAUCCUCCUCAGCAGGCGGGAGGGCAUGCGGGAGGGCAUACGGGAGGCAGGCGGCACCUGUUGUCCUAAUCACUGUCAUUAGCUGGGCAAGAAAGAAGCACGGACUGGGCCUUUGAAGAAAGGGCCGUCGACCCAGGUCAGGUGUGUGCAGGCGGCCUAGCAGCUCAGCCCCUCCUGGACACACACACUCUGGGCUGCAGGUGGAUGGGGCGCUGCGGGGAUGGGGGUCUAUGCCCUCCCUGCCUGGCCACUCACACCCCUUCCCGCCAUGGCUACCAGGAAGGUAGCAAGGGGUUUUGAGUGUCUCCUACGAGCUGAACUUGCACAGUGCUGGGACUCAAAAACUUCUAUGGUAGUGAGCUCCCCGUUGCUAGAGCAGAUCAAUGAGGCUGGAACAAUUUGAGGACAGUCUGCCUGAUGCGGCUGUGUCCCUAGUUCCUAGCACAGGGCCUGGUACGGUGACUGUUGUAUGAAUGAAUGAAUAUAUCAGAAGGAUGGGGGGCUUCUUGCUCCUGGAGGGAAGUCUGCCCUCAAAGCCCUUUUCCAGACUGUUGUGUGUGAAGUGCUAUGCGACCUUGAGCCAAUGUCACCUUUUAGGCUCAUCAGAUAGGCCCAGUUUUCCCCUGCCCCUGUCCCCUAGGGCCCUGGGAAUGUCCCUGUUUCCCUCCCCCCCUUCCUGCUGGCCAGUCCCAGCCCCAGCCCCAGAGAACCGUAGCAGCCAGAAGGCCCAGCAAAGAGCUAUCAAGACAAGUUUUUAAGGAGAAACCUGGCAUGUGUGCUUGUUAGGGGGAGGCAGAAGGUGGGAGUAGGGUUAUUGAUCCCCCUCUCUGGGUUAACCUUGACUUGGGCUUUAGGUCAAGGGAAGCUCUGUGGGUUAGAAUCCUCAACCCCAGAGUAGGCCCCUUGGGGGCUCAGGCCACGACUCCCCUGUCUCCCCAAAGUCUCAGAGGGGAGGCUGCUUCAUGAAAUGGGAGGGGUGAGCUGUGCAGGCGGGUGGGCAGUGCAGCCAGGGGUGCAGGGUGAGGGAUGGGGUAGGACUGGGAUGGGUGAGGUUUUGGUGGGUGCCAGCCUGGAGAGGGUGCCCCCUGCAGCCUCCACCCAGUCUGGGCCCCAUUAGUCACGAUUAGCAGAGCCAAGAGGUUUUUCUAGGGGGCUUAAAAGGCUGAGCCUCAACCUCAGGGAAAGGAAGGGGGAGAGGAGGGGAUGCAGUUGGGGGCAGAUGGAGCAGCCUGAUCGGGAAGAUUGUGACAGACAUUCAGAAGAGCUGCUCUUAAAGGUGGGGAGACCCACAGACACCUAUACAGAGAACCACUGAUUCCUGGGUCACACAGAGGGCAACACAUAGACAUGCACAGACACCUGCGUACAUAGUUACACACUCACAGGUACUCAUAGCCCUCAGACACCCAGAGUCAUUCGUGGACACACACACACAUACACAGUCACAGACAUUUGUACAAACACUCACUCAGACACUCACAUAAACACAGAUGCCCACGCACACAGUGUCAGACCUGAGUGUUCCCAGAAGUACAGAGAAGCUCACACACACUGAGACACAGAUUCUGUCACAGACACGCCCAGCAUCACAUUAUAGCUCCACAGACUUAAUGCACACCCAUGGAGGCACAUGUGAGCAUGGUAACAGAAAUGUAAAUACUUGCACACUCACAGUCACACACCACACACACACACACACACACACACACACACACCGGCAUUGCUCCUCCCCAUCUCCACAACCAUGCCUCCUGCAGCAGGAGGGAUUAAGGUGAGACAGGAGAAGCCUGCCCUCCCCACCCAGCAGGACUCUAGCUACAACCCUCACCACUGGUCCCCCCACCAAGCUCUCGGCUUGGAAACUCCCUGGAUUUCCCAGAGGGUCAGCCACCCAGAACCGGCUCAGACCUCCCAACCCAGCGCCCUUGUCACACACCUUCCACGGCCCUGGCCAGUGCUCCUCUGAUCAUCUACAGCCAAGGAGCUGUGCUCUCCCCCAGGAAGCCCGUCCUGACUAACUCCAGACCUCUCCAGCCCUUCCUUGACCUGGGGUCCUCGGGCCUCAGGGCCUCCUGACAGCCAUGCUUGGGCCCUGUCCCUCUGCAGAUGUUCUUAGGGUCUUCCACGCCAAUGGAGUAAGACUUGGAAGGCCUGGGAAGUGGCAGGCUCAGUCUUGGGAACUCACUUUUGGAAGACAAGCUCAGCUCACAUGAACAUAAGUAGACAGGGAAUUUCCUGGCUGUCCAGUGGUUAGGAUUCUGCACUUCCACUGCCAUGAGCCCGGGUUUGAUCCCUGAUCAGGGAACUAAGAUCUCACAUGCCAAAAAUAAAUAAUGGCCAAAAUAAAUAAUGGCCAAAAAUAAAUAAUGAAUAUUUUUUUUAAUUAAAAAAAAGCUCACAUUCUCUUAAAACAUACAUACACACACACACACACAUACACACACACAAGUAGACAGAAGAUAGCCAGUCCUGACAUGGGGUGCUAGGAGGGAGCCCCCCCUUCCAGCAUCCUGGGACUCCCAAGAGUGGAAACAUACUCUUCCUUCUCCCUGGGGACACCAGACUGCCUUAUGGCAGACAGUGGCCAGAGAGAUUUCCCUCCCUAGUCAGGGCUGCUAUUGGCUCAGAGCAUCCCAGCCCUAGGCAGAGCUCAGCAACAGACAGUGAACCGGUUCUGACCACCAGUCUCCAGAGAGACAAAUCUUCCCCUGGUUCCAGUCUGUUUAAACACCGAGCUACAGCCCAUCCAGGCCAGAGCCCAGCUCAGCUACAUCGGCAGGUCCUGAAAUUAGGGUUCUGGGGUGUGUGGGACCAAACCUCCAGAUGGAAGCAGCUUCCAAGGGGAGCAGAGCCGACCUUGCAAUAGCUAGAAUUGAGGGUAGACACCAGGACAGACUUUCUGGGUCUAGGAGAGAACUCUGAGGGGCUGGAGAGGAUGAGAAAAGAAGAGGAUGGUCCUAUCUGGAGGCCGAGAAUGAGAAGAAUGACCUCACAAAUCCUUUCAGUCUCAAUUCCCAAGGUUCCUGCUUCUACUCCCAAACUGCAUGCAAUAAGGAAGUAGUACUUCCCAAAGGAAAGAGGGAGUCAGAGCCCUCACCCAUUCCUGGGGCAGAGGUGGGAUCCUGUCUCAGGAGGGAAAGAAGUUCAUCUCAGCCAUCAGUCUCACUGUAGGAAGGUGAAAACCAGUCUCUCCUGCCAAACCAUCAGAGUCUCCCUGGGACCCUUGGCCCCUAAAUUCAUUUGCCUUUCCUUGAUUUUUAAUGAAGUUGAAAACUUUUCAUUUGUUUAUUGGCCAUUUGCAUUUUAUCUGUGAAUUGCUUAUUCAUGUACUUUGUCCAUUUUUCUGUGAGACUGUCUUUCUUCUUAUUUACUUAGAGGAGCUCUUUAUAUAUUAUGAAUAUUAACCUUUUGUCUGUUACAUAUGUUACAAAACUUUCUUCCAGGCUGUUUUUUGUCUUUCAACUUCGUUUAUGGUACAUUUUGCCCUAAUGAAAUAUUUAGUUAUUUACAUAAUCAACAAACAUUUCUUUAUGUUUUCUGCACUUGAGGUCAUGCUUUAAAAAUGAAUUCUCCAUUCCAUAAUUAUAAAAAUGUCUCCUAUAUUUUUCUAUUUAUUUGUAUGGUUUUCCUUUUACAUUAGAUCUUUAAUCCAUCUGGAUCUUUUUAAAUUUAUUUUUAACAUCUUUAUUGGAGUAUAAUUGCUUUACAAUGGUGUGUUAGCUUCUGCUUUGGACUUUUUAAUGUAUAACAUGAAGUAAGAUUUAACUUUAUUUCUUUCAGAUGGAAAACUCACUAUCCCAAGUUCACUUAUUGAAUUUUUAUACUUUACUACUGCUUUAAAAUAUGUUAUUAUCAUAUACCAAAUUCUGACAAAUAGCUAAGUUUAUUCUGGACUCUAUUUUCUUCCAUUAAUUUAUUUUUUAAUUUGCACCAAGAUCACACUGUUCUAAUUGCAGAAGCAUUAUUGAACAUUUUGAAAUCUAGCAAGGCAAGUUCCCUCUAUAUUAGUCUU